ACGUUGAACAGUUUCAGCCUCGCCAGCUGUCAACUUUCCCAGUUUCAGAUACUGACUGACCUGUUGCCCAACCUGCUUACACUGUUCAAUCUAUAGAUGACCCUAAUAAUCUGCGGCGGUUGCAACUCGAUAAGGCUCAGCGUGUUCAGUCAUUUCCAGGAAACAUUAAAUCCAAGUGAGCGCGGCAGUAGAAAGUGUCAGCACAAACUAACGAUGAAAUGAGUCAUGUCGCAUCUCACAUUUCAGGUGAUGGUAUCUCGUGACCCGGAAGCGCUGUGUUCCGUCGCUCGAGCUGCAUUCGAAUACUGGACGGUUAGGAUCGGUUGUUGAAAACGCGAUCGGACGGAAGUUGGAGCAGGACUGCUACGGCUGCGAUGAGCUUCAACCAAUAUAAGUUACAGUCUACAGGAAAUCUCAGGAACGCCCUUUUCCAGAUUCUUCACAGCAAUCAGUUGUUCUAAAACUUAACUCUGAUAAUUGGACCCAACAAGAGCCUAGAACUUACAGCUUUUACUUGCAAGAUGAUGAGUACAGAACUUCAAAAUAUUACUCUUCUAUUCCUUUGCAAAUAUCUAGCAUGAUGCAAAUCACAACAAUUGAAUGGUGUCAAGGAGUACACUCUGAAAUGAAACGGUAUAUGGAAGUAAAUAAUGUAAGAGCAGAAAACGGAGAUAGUAAUACACAAGAUGACCCUUUUACCUCAGGUCAAGUUACCAAACUCUUAAAUGAUAACAGGAGAGUAACAUUCCUAUUAAAAGAGUUGAAUGCUGUGGCAGAAUCUAAUAAAAAGCUUCAGGAUAAACUGUCAGAAAAAGAGCAUGAAUUGGAAAUUUUAAAGCUUGACACUGAAUUACAAGAAAAAGCAGCAGAAGCCAAAAUAGCUGAAAAGGCUACAGUGCUUGUUGAAGAAAUCUAUCAUGCACAAAAGGAACGGGAUGCAGCAGUUAUGGCUCGACUUAGACUUGCCAAUGAAGAAAGAGAUGAAGCCCUCAUCCGAGCUAAAUGGCUAGAACAGACCUUUGAAGGGUUGGAAAAUAUUAACCCUGAAGAAAAUGACAUGACAUUACAGGAAUUACUGAACCGAAUCAACAAUGCAAAUACAAGGAGAUCUAUCGACCAGAAUGAAGACUUAAUUGUGGAUCGAAUACGCAAAGCCAGAGAGCGGAAGAAGAAAAUAACUGCUGAAGAAAUUAAUGCAGUUAUUGAGGAGAGAGAUUGUGCUUUAGAAAGAUGCAAACAGUUGGAGCAGGAGCUUCAUCUUUUGAAAGAGCAGAACCAGGCAUUGGCAAACAGUACGACACAGCUGAUGACUGAAAACAACCAAGAACGUGCCUUGAAGACUGAAUUACUAACAGUACAGAAAGAAAGGGACAGAGCUUUAGAGCGAUGUAAGGAACAAGAAGAAGAAAUUCAGACACUGAGACUUUAUUACAGCUUACACAAGUCAUUAUCUCAAGAGGUCCCUGUCACCGACCAGUUCAACAUUGCACUAAGCACUUACGAUGAAGCUUUAUGCGCUACCAAGGACAUUAUGUCAGCCACGCACCACGAAAAUGAAGAUCUUGCAAACCAGUUACAACUGGCUGUGGUAGAACAAGCAAACAUGAAGAUUAAACUGCAGCAAGCCUUGGAAGCCAAAAUCCAACUGAGUGAAAAAGUUCAGAAGUUGGAACGGCUGGUAGACGUCCUGAGGAAAAAGAUUGGAACAGGGAACAUCAGGACGGUGACUUAAUUGAGUAGCAGUGUCUGACGAUGUAGUCACAUCUGCUGACCAGGCCAUUCUAUUCAUCAUUCUACCAAUAAAAAAGCCUGGUUUUAGCAAACAAUUGUUGUAACCGCCACACUGAAAUAACAUUCCAAAAAUAUCAUCAUCUAAUUUUUUGGAGGCUGGAAACUUGAUAAUAUUACAUGUUGACUAAACUUGUGGGCAUGCAGAAAGCAUUCUGAAAUGCACCAAUUUUAACUAGGAAUUUCUGAGAUCGAUACUAAAGCAUAAAAAAAAGAAACUAUUCGUAUUUCUUAAGAUAAUUUAAGUUUUUAUGAUCUUACCUCCCUU